AUGGCCGCGAUCGAUGUCACACUGGAGGACAUUGUGGACGAUGGAGAUGCCCGGGACCAGCGGACACGCAGUCCCAACGACGCGGCUGAAAUGGCGGCUCUCACGAGGUGCCUCCACGAGGCGCUGGGUGGGGACGACGAACGGGUGGAAGCUGUGCGCCAGAUUGAAUUGUUGCGUCAUGGGACUUGUUCCGAGGGCCGAUUUGACACCCCGAACAGGUCAAUUCGAUACCCUGUCAGGCUAAUUCAAUACCCUGCUAGGCCAAUUCGGCACCCGGACAGGCCAAUUCGACACCCGGACAGGCCAAUUCAGGCCCAGCACAGCCCAAUUCCGAGGCUCCACAGCGCAAUUCGAAUACCUCCGCACGGUGGUGCACUGCUGUCACCAGCUGCUUGA